AUGGCAGAAAUUGACAAGUUCAGCCGGCGGCUCCGCCUCUCUCUCCGCGGCGCGACCUCCCCAGACGACGCGCGGUGUCUGCCCGGCUCCAGACCCCAGAACGAAACGGCAGGUCAUACCUAUUUGGCAGAACAAGCCCCACGGGUCGACCCGCAGUGUGGUGCGGAGGAUCGGAUCCACUCUGCCCCUCAGGCCCUGCCCAAGAGCGUGUUUUCAGCCCUGAGGCACGAGUGGCGCCCCACUCCCCUGCUGGUGCUCCAGAGGAACUCCUCCGUGCCCAACUUCAGGCGGGAGGGCAGGAAGGUGGAGGGGCUGAGGAAGCCGGGCCUGACGGCCCUGAACAGGACCACGGCCCUGCAGGAUGAGCUGAGCCGGCUGCGGGCCCAGAUCGCCAGGAUCGUGGCGUCGGACUCAGGUGUCGCCAGUGUUGGGUCAUUUUGCACUUUCUGUUUGUUUUUGCGGUGUCGUUGCACGGCUCCAGUUUUUACACCAGAGAAUUUUUUCCGCCAAGCAGCGGUUCAUGGGAAUACAUGGAAAAACAGAUAUUCUAAACUCUGUCCUUCUGUACUGUUUAGUGGUUUGGGGCAGAUGUUAUUUUCAGAAUUGCACACACCGACUUACGACCCCGUCUCCCUCUCCAAGUCCACCAGCUUCGCGGACGUCAUGGACAUCCUCAAGGACAUGAACCGCAUGAAGAUGAGCAAGGACAGGUUCUCUCGCGGCUGCACCUCCUUGCGGGACGAGGACUCGGCCUCCCUCAUCUCCGAGGCCCUGAGGAAGAAGUUCACCCUGAGGGACGAGGACGUCCUCAUGAAGGAGAAAUAGCCCCCUGUCCCGCCCGCGCUCACAGUGACCCUGCCCCAUCCACGCUUGUGCCUGUGGACUGCAUUCCCUAGGAACCCUGAGAGUCAGACUGUGCUGCAAUGCUUUCCAGUACGAGUCCCAGGCGCCAGCAGAGCACAGUGCGGUGCCGUCACCCGAGCCACACCAGCUCGCUCACGUCGCCUGAGAAAGACUCAUCAGUCUCAUUCCAUUCCCAACUCCCACGCGCAACCUCCCUCUCAUCGCUCCUGACACGCCGCAAGGAAAGCUGCUGAACCAGCUGCACUGGAGGAUGGACAUCACAUUUCCAUUGUAGGGGGUCCAUCAGAGUGCCGUCUUGAAGAACGGACGACCUGUCCUUUUUCCCCUUGCGGAUGCCACUUUCACGAUGGCACCCUUCUGUCCGAUCCACUGCCCCGGCUGGGAUUGUGCAUCUGGUUCCUAGUCCUGUCCUGCUCAUACCACUCCACACACAACCCAGUUAGGAAGCAGGACUGUUGCUGGUUUCAGAGCUGAGCUGGUGGAAAUUGUGGUCCUGUGCUGCAAUUCUGGAACCCUGUUGUCCCAUUUUCUUCAGUCCAGAAAAGUCCAACUUUUCUACUCAUCACCGGAUCAUGGUCCAUCUUGGCUGCAGAGAGUUUGGAGACCCUGUGCAUCUCGACCUGAAUUUGCUACUUAUGAAACUUUUCAGUUUGCUCUCAUGGCAUGCACUGGAGCGAGCAGUGAUGAAUGCUUUUUUGUCUUAGUUUACCCAGAUUGAUGUGCAAAGACAGUGCAAACUUCAACCAUAAAAAGGCUGUCAAAAAAGAAACAAAUGCACGUACACAAACUACAGUAGAUUAUUUCUCUUUGUUCCACUUGUGUAUGCUCUUUUUGUGUUAAAAGAGUCAAAACCCAGUCUGGAUUGUUCCCAGUUUCCUAAUUUAUGUUUCCUAGAGACAGAUGAAGCUAUUUAGCAGUAUUUAGACCUCAUGCCUGUUUGCUUUUGUGAACCCCAAAGUUUUAUUAAACUGCUUUUUAGUUUUUGUUCAGUUUUUAUGGGCUUCAGUUGCUGAUAGCACGGCUGUGAUACCGAUAGUGGUUUUACAAAGUAGGAGCACAUUGUCGAAUGUGUGAAAAUGUGAAACCUUCCAGGUGAUGAGUGUUGCAUUAUGUCAGAUGUGAAUUGCGUUUGUUUGUAAAGCGUCAGAUGCAAGGAAUGAAGACCCUUUGACUGUGUCAGGUUUUUUAGUGGGAAGCUGUGCAGAAGAAGCCUUUCUGAAUCCAACUUUAUCUGUAGUGGAGUACAACUAAAACCAGAAGGGACUCUGUUUUAACAAAAGGUUUUUGUAUAUGCUUUUUUAAGAAAGAAAACAUAGGUAAUAUUUCUCCUAAUGAAAAGAACAAGAAAAAUGUUCCUUUGCCCUUUCUGUCCUUGCAGUUCUUGCAGGUUUGUCCCACUUUUUGUUUGAGUCUAGAAUUACUCAUUUAUUUUUGCUCAUCUUAACUUUUUUUUUAACCUUUUUGUUCGGUUAUGUCAGUUAUUGUUGCCUCAACAAUGUAUUUCAGCAGUGCUUUUUCUGUUAAGAAGAAGGUGAUGAGCUCGGAACACACAAUUGCAGCUGAUUUGUGUUCUUUUCGGGCAGUACUCUUGUUCUGAUGUGAGCUAGGUGCUUGUCACGAAGUGCACUGUUCCAAACGUCUUGUAUUGGUGCUCCUAAAAAGAACGUUAAGGUAGCUCUGUUUUUUAUUUGCUAGUGUGUGGAUCAUCAGUAGAGAAUGUCUGAUGUGAGAGAUGAGCAGUAAUCUUGUUUUUUGUAUUAUAAAUAAGUUGUUUUUUAAUGUGCAUUUUUUCUGCCCUGUCUUGAAGUCCAUUGGUGCCACAUUUGACUUCUUGAAUCUGUAAGGACUAGACCACAAUCUCAGUGCAAAGAUAACAUUUAGUAAAACAUGUUCUGUACACAUUUUCUAUCGCUGGCAUAAGGAUUCGCUCCUACCUUCUCCAGUGGUUAUUCAGAACUGUUUAGUAUAAUAAGUGGUAAUCUAUGCUUUUAUACAUGGUUAUCUUUUGGAAUUGUAUUGAACACUAACCUACCCUCGCAAGUGGUAGCUCAGAAUUCUAGUGAACUGUUUUAAGAGGCGUGGCUUGAACUACUUAUUUCUGCAAAUCCACAUGCUUCUGUAGAGCUGCAGAAAUAACUAUUCUUGUACUUUGUCUUAAAUUAUUUAAUUUACAAGAGUCAAACAAGUGUACAUUGACAAACGGUUUUGAUUGCGUUUAUUAGUGCAUGACAUUGGAACUGGAGAGUGUGGAUACUUAAAUCUGUGACUGCACUUCAUGUCUUUUUUAUGCGGUGUUGAAGUUAAUAUAUAUAUUUUUUCCUGAUUGAUACGGUUGUACUACUGUAAAGACUGAGAGGUUGAAUUUUCUUUUCUGAAGAUACCCUGCAUGACUUUCUAAGAAUUUUCAAAGAGGUGUAAAAUCCUGCUUGACUGGAGCAGGUCUCUACCCUGGUUUUGGAGGACACCUGUCUCUUCUGCUUUCUGUUCCAGUCAGCGGCUUCAUUUCCGAAGCUAAUUGAUCUCUUUAAAGAGACCCCCACCCCCCUCCUCAGCUGAUCUAGUUGCUGCUACAUUUGCCUGAACCACUCUUAACUGGAGUCUGAUGAAUGAUGUCCAGACAGUGCAUCACACACGUUUCCAAAAAAUAAAUAGUACUGCAGAGUGACAGAUGACACCCUUGGGUGGGGGCAGUCCUAGGGCUCUGCACACACAAAGUUACUAUGGCUGUCCGUUCACUUUCAAUAUGCCUUUUUUGCAGAUGUUUUACAAUUAAAAAGCACUGUCAUGCAGCUUCCCCAUGACUGCAGUGACAUUACCAACGGCCAUCUUAACAGCAGAAUCAACACUAACCCCCCCCCUUUGAAAAUGCCGACUGUUGAACUAGUUAGAGGCCUAUUGGCGUCCUCUAGUGGCUGGUAGCUGUUACUGCAGUCUAUUUGCUCCCUCACACACGAACUCACGGAGGUAUGAAACCUAGAAACAGUAGCUGCGCUGAUAUUAAUAAGAAACUAGGGCUCACUUGGCAUCAGUGAUUUAACCCCUUUAUUGGGAUGAAAAGCUGAAGGCACAGGGGUGUCCCAGAACCAAGGUUGCAAACCUGUGGACCAGAUCAGGGUUUCCCCAACUCCAGUCCUGAGGUCUGGAUUUAUCUGAAUAUAUAUAUUCAACAUCUUAAGGGCAUGGAGAAGGGCUAUAGUGGGCCAGUUCAAGUGUUAACACUUCUCCCAGUGAAGACCUGUACCUGUGUGUAAUGGAAGAAGACUCUCGGGUUGUGAGCCCAAGUACCAGAGCUAUGAGUGCUGAGCAUAUUACAACUGGCAUGUGCCUCUUUCUAACUAGAAUAAGAUCCUACCUUUCUUUAAUCAGCAUGUGAGUUUUGCCAAUAUUUUCUCGGUUCAGAAGCUGCCUAAAUUUCCAUAUCUGUACCGCAAACCACAAAUGAUCAAUGUCUCUGUGACUAACGGACUCCCAACAUUUGCUGUUCUUCCCUGGUUUAAAGGUUAAUUCCCCUGUUCCACUACAUUCUUGCUGAAUGAAAUAGAAUCGGUGUGAUGGGUCAUGCAUUUGAAAGAGAAAUAAAGCUGUGCUGGUGUUUUAAACAAGAA